CUUUCCGGAUCGUCUCCUUCUUCUUCAUCAACAAAAUAUGUUCUUCAUCAAGGAAUGUACGUCAAUUCGUAUUAUCUCCGAAUCCGAAUAGAACUCGGGGAUUACCCUUUCUCCAUAUCGUGAUCAUCAUCCCAACAUGAAGGAUGACGAUUCUCUUCCUGUAUCGGCACCUUCUGCACAUAUCUCGUCCAUUUCAAAGAAAGAUAUCUUCGAUUCGGCAGGAUUUGGUAAAGGUAGGUAUAAAUUCUGGGCUUUGGCCGCUAUUUUGCUUCUCGCAUUCUGGUCAAUGCUCGCUGGAACCCUCACUCUCCGUUGGUCCGUUGGUAAUCUCAAUCGCUUGUCCGACGAAUUCGACAAACUCAAUUCCGACGAUCUAGAUGUCCUUGAAUUGGAAGAGAGGGAGAAGGUUGUGAGGCAUAUGUGGGACAUAUACAUGAACAGUCGAAGGAUUAGAUUGCCGCGAUUCUGGCAACAAGCGUUUGUGGCUGCCUAUGAGGAUUUAACCAGCGACGAUCCUGGCGUUCGUGAUUCUGCGAUCUCCGAAAUCGCUAAGAUGUCCUUGCGCUCCCUGAAUCUCGAUCCUCCUCCUCUUACUCGCCAUCUUUCGGUUAGUAAACCCUUUAGAGAAAUUUGUUUCAUUGCAUUCAGAUUCGAAUCUUGCAUGAUCAGGGCCUUGAUAGUAAAAUCUGAUGUGAAUAUGUUGAUAAUGCAUAUAAUGAGAUAUUGCUUGCUCUGGAAAACCAUCAGCGUUGUUUGCAAGUUGGAAAUUAAACAAGAAGUUAAACUGACUCAACCCGAAAAGGGAAAGAGCGAGACAAUAUCCAUUUCCAACACGACAUCGAGAAGCAGUCGUCUAUGA